CAGAGUGAAUAUGGCCGUCUGUAAGCUGCUGUAGACAUAGAACAACUUGUUGUACCACUAAAGUUGAAGGCCACAAGAGGUCGUCGUUUCUAUCCAAACCAAACUUUCAGAGUCAUAUGACAGUGGUCACUUCCUGCAGACACUUUGCACCCUCCUGACUCGAGCUAAGCCUAGGAAGCAGAAGCAGAAACAGAAACAGAAACAACAAUCCGUGGUCAGGAGAAAUCUUCCCCUCUCAAGAUGCUGGCCCUCAUCAACAGGCUUUUGGACUGGUUCAAGUCGCUCUUUUGGAAAGAGGAGAUGGAGCUGACGCUGGUGGGGCUUCAAUAUUCUGGGAAGACCACCUUUGUGAAUGUCAUAGCUUCUGGCCAGUUCAGUGAAGACAUGAUUCCUACUGUGGGGUUCAACAUGAGGAAAGUCUCCAAAGGCAAUGUAACAAUAAAGAUCUGGGAUAUAGGAGGACAGCCGAGGUUCAGAAGCAUGUGGGAGCGAUACUGUCGAGGAGUUAAUGCUAUUGUUUACAUGGUAGAUGCUGCAGAUCGUGAAAAGAUAGAGGCUUCAAGGAAUGAGCUGCACAAUCUGUUAGACAAGCCACAGCUGCAAGGGAUCCCUGUGCUAGUGCUUGGAAACAAGAGAGAUCUUCCCAAUGCUUUGGAUGAGAAGCAGCUUAUUGAAAAAAUGAAUUUGGCAGCUAUUCAGGACAGAGAAAUCUGCUGCUACUCAAUUUCUUGCAAAGAAAAGGACAAUAUAGAUAUCACGCUGCAAUGGCUUAUCCAGCACUCAAAGUCCAGAAGGAGCUGAGAGCAAAGAGAUCUGCCCCCUGUCCUGUCGGCAAUAGCAAUCCCAAUACCUUACUCUCUCUGUGAUGCAGUGAUCUCCUCUCCACCUCACACACAUACACUAUCCUUCCUGUAACCCAGCUGUUCAUUUCCUCAGUCAAUUUUGUGCACUGCUAAAGAUGUGUAACCUGAAGUUAGAACAAACAGCAUAAUGAACUAGAGUUGUCAUGAUGCACCGAAACCAACUGUUAGCAGCUGGUGCGUGUAGUCCAGUGUUUCUAAAGAGAUUGCCUUUGAUAUGCCCAAUGAUGGUGAUCUCUUUUAGACCAGGAGGGUUACUAUAUAGAUUCCUACUUCAGAUCUGCGGUGUAUUUUGGUCAAUGCCUAAGGAGUAGUGGGUCAGUUAACAUUUAACUGCUGUGAAACAGAUUUACAACGUUGCACAGUACGCAUGAUGGGCAGAUGCACAAUAGUCAUUACCAUUGGAUAUAUGUGUGCUUGCAAGGAAUCUCACCAUCACUGUGUUAAGACUAGACUGCUUGAUGUUUAAUAAACGUGUACUCUUUUUAUUAAUAUUUAGGUUGCAGGCUACAAAAAUAUCAUGCAACAGAAUUUAACCUGUAUAUUUGAGAUUAUGAAUGUAAACAGAUUUAAAGAUAGGACUAUAAGAGGUAAAUCAUUGGGUCUUGCAGCUUUAAUGUUUUCUUUAAACUGUCAACGUUAAAUAUAACCUGCAAUGCCGUUUAUGUCCACCAGAGUUUACUGCAGAGUUACAAGUGCCUUCUGCAAUAUAGCUCCAUCUGUUGGACCAAAUUGGCAGUACGGCAUGAAUUGUCAUACAGGAUAGAACAAAAAUUAAAGCUUCAAAUUGCAAAAUUAAUAUUUGUUGUUCUUAAUAAAAACAAAAAUAGCAUGCUUUUUAACUGGGAUGAUGCUUAAUAGGUGAAUUAGCAUUAUAUUAGCUGGUUCUGUAUUAAUCUCAUCAAGAUAUUAUGACAACUCUAGAUAUUUCCCAUGUUGUUCAAUGUACUAUAAAUAUGCUAAACUGUAUCAUAUAAUAUCGAAGGCUGUGAUGUAAAAGCACAAGAUGAAGCCAAUGGAAUGAUGCUAGUUUUUGCUUCGCUUGUAAAUUACAGGAUUAUUAAUCAUCUGCAAUUCUCCUUUUGUGACAUGUUUUGUACUGUUUACUGUCAAAGAUGCCAGAAUUGAGCUGAAGGCUGUUGUUCUGUUCUGGGACUGGUGUAGGAGUUUUCUUGCUUCACUUGAGCUCUGUUUAGCUUGAGUUUGUUUAAAGUGAUUUUCUGAUAUCCAGGAAAACAAUUCUGCAAGGUGAUCCCUACUACCUGUUUCAGAAUGUAUUGUGGUGCAUUCUGCAGUAAAGUGAAGCCAAAUUAUGCCUUGUCUCCAAGCUUGGUGCACAUUGAGAAUUAGAAAGUUUUUUUUUGUUUUUGGUUAAAAAGGUGUGAUAUCUAAGGUAUUAAAAGACAUUCUAUAAUUUGUUACCACCA